ACUGCACAUCAGGAUCUAAGUUAAUCUGUCUCGAGCGUUGUGUGUGAGACUUUCCACACUCUCUGGGUCUUGAUUAAAGACUGUAAUCUGUCAACAGCUUUCCCGUCAUCCAAAACCAUGGCGUCUUAACUAGUUAAAGUCCACCUUUCAUGUUGAAGCUCAGGAAGCGCUAUAACAGAUGCUGGUGCUGUGGACAGCGCACACAUGAAGCAUGGACAGAGAACCAGAGGGAGCCCAGACACCUAUUUGAGAUUCAGCAUCUCCACGAGACAGCACAAAGGCCGCCCUCUCUCUCGAAAAAUAGCGGCUAAUGUACGAGAUUCAUUGACUUCAUUUAAGGAUUAGUCCGGCACGGACCUUUAAUUUUACGCAUUUCGUGUUAUUCAUGUCGUGCUAUUCUUCCGCCUGCGCAGUUCAAUAAGAUCACAGACGGGCAGAUGUGAAACAGACCCGAGAUUGAUUGUGAUGAACGAGAAACAACAAAAUUUCCCCGUAACGAGGGUUUAUGUGGGAAGACGUGGCGGGCAUCUGGGAAGUAACCUUAGCAACCGGAGAAUCCUGAACCCCGCUUAGUUUACGUAGAAGCAUCAUUUCAUCGCUGACGUUCCAUUUUCAGAACCUUGGACAACGACGAGCACGUUCCACAGUGCGACAAGCCGAGGAAAAAAAGAGGAUAAUCGACGAAUAUUUAUAUAUUUUCCUAUUCUACUUGUUUUAUCUACAUUUAUCACCGCGAGGAAGACGUAUUGAUAAAUUCUGUAUCUAAAAACCCUGUAAUAAUCAAGGCGACAUGGGAACUGUUUUGUCAGUCUCCCCGAGCUACCGAAAGGCAGGCCUGUUUGAUGAAGUACCACCGCCUCUAGCACAUUAUACAGCUGUGCAGAACAGUAAAAACGCCAAGGACAAGAGCUUGAAGCGUCACUCGCUCAUCAAUGUCCUGCCAUGGAAGCGUAUUGUGGCAGCUUCAGCCAAGAGAAAAGGUUCUAAGAAGCUGGCCUCUGGGGACAGUCAAGAUGAAGAGAGCGUGGGCACCCUCAACAGCCAAAAUCUAAAGAAGACCCAGUCCUGUGCCAACCUCUCUGGCUUCACCCAGGAGCCAGCCGUGAGCUCCAUUUCCACAUCCAAAACCACCACCAAUGUGGCCUCCACUGGGAAGAGGACCUCCAUCACCGGAUCGGUGGGCCAAGCGACCAACGCAGGCACACCCAAAAGAGUGAUCGUGCAGGCUUCCACCAGCGAGCUCCUGAGGAGCCUGGGUGAGUUCCUGUGCCGACGCUGCUACCGACUGAAGCGCCUCUCCCCAGCCGACCCCGUUCUGUGGCUACGCAGCGUGGACCGCUCCCUUCUGCUCCAGGGCUGGCAGGACCAGGGCUUCAUCACCCCAGCUAACGUGGUCUUCCUCUACAUGCUCUGUCGUGAGGUCAUUUCGGGCGAGGUGUCCAGUGAGCGUGAGCUACAGGCCGAGCUGCUCACUUGCCUCUACCUGUCCUACUCCUACAUGGGAAAUGAGAUCUCAUACCCGCUCAAGCCCUUCCUGGUGGAGACGGAUAAGGAUGCCUUCUGGAAUCGCAGUCUGGCGAUCAUCAAUCGCAUGAGUAGCAAAAUGCUCCAGCUUAACUCUGACCCACACUACUUCACGCAGGUUUUCGCUGACCUGAAAAACGAAAGUCAAAAGGAGGAGGAGAGCAAGCUGCUUAUAGGCUUGGAUCGAUAAGUAAGGCGCUUGUGCAUAAACAGAAAAAUAAUGUGCAUAAAAACCUUGUGCACAAUUAUUAUUAUUAUUAUUAUUAUUUUAUUUUUAUUUUUUACAAAAACACUUUAGUGUCAUUAGUAUUAAAAAGCUCCAGGGCAUAGUUUUGAAGCUUAUUUGUAGCAAUGAAGGAGACUAGAGUGGCCAUUCUAAGGAAUAGUUCAACUACAAAUACAAAUUUGGACAUUUUUACUCAUCCUCAGGCCACCCAAGAUGAGAUGAGUUUGUUUCCCUUGUUCACUAAUAGAUUCUCUGCAGUGAAUGGGUGCCGUCUGAAUGAGAGUCCAAACAGCUGAUAAAGACAUCACAGUAAUCCACAAGACUCCAGUAAAUCAAUUAAUGCCUUGUGAUGAAAAAAGCUGUGUGUUUUGUAAUAAAAAAAUUAAGAGUUUCGUCUAAAAUACGAGUCCUCUAUCCAUGUUAUUGCUUUCUCCAGUGAUCAAAAGAGCAAUCAGGAGAGAAACGUACACAAAUAAAGCACCAUAUACAAGCUAAAACUGUUCAAAACCAUUCUAAACAAAGAUUUGGGGGAUUUUCCUGUGAGAUUUUGACUCAUUAUGGACUCCAUUCACCGCAGAGGAUUUAUUGGUGAGCAAGUGAUGUAAUGCUAAAUUUCUCCAAAUCUGUUUCGAUGAACAAACAAAUUCAUCUACAUCUUGGAUGGCCUGAGGGUGAGUAAACGUUCAGCAGAUUUUUAUUUUUGAGCAAACUAUUCCUUUAAGAUCUGACCAAGACGCAGGAUGACACCUUACCAACCAAUAAGGUAUUCAGUGACUGGUCAUGUGGCGCUCCGGAGGUCAACGAAUCAACUGCAGGAUAUACAGAUCACCCAUACACAAACAUGAGCAGCAGUCUUUAUGACUCCCAAUAAAAAAAUGCUUCUUGACUCACAAAAAAGACUGAACGGCAUGAAUUGAAAACCUCAGCUUGUGCUGUAUUCUUACAGCUUGCCGUGCUCACAACAGACCAAGUAGUUUGAAAAUGAGAGCCAAGUUAGCAACACUUCAAAAUAAUACAAACCAAAGACUCUAGAUUGACCUUAUGCGAUUUCUACAUUCACAUAAAUCCUAUACACUGAUGAAGUGAUACAUAUGAGGACCAUGAACUGCUGCUCUUGCAUGGCAUCACGUUUUCAACGUUAUGUUUGUUUUGCAUAUCUCAGUGGCCUUUAAAGAAGGUCUGGGUCUUAAACUGCUGCAGGUUCGAGGACAUUUGAUGCCGUGGCCUGUCCAAACAUACAUCAGUUGUUGUUGUUAAUGACAUUCUAUAUCAAGGAAAUUUAUUAUGCUUUAUGAGCUCAAAUGAUUCACAAUUUGGUAGGAAGAAAUGACCACACUGCUUCCAACUUUCACCUAGAGAAGGAGACUUGUUUUCCAAGUUGCGCUACCUAUUGUCAUCGUGAAAAGAACUGAAAUAUCUAAUAGGGAACAAACAAAUGGAGAGGUAGAAAUUUGAUGUAUUUUCAACAGCAAGUACUGUAUGUUCUUAUACGGGUGUCAAUGCAUGCUUCUUUGACUGACCACACACUUUUUAAAAGAUCUUUGUUUAUGAUUUGAUGGUCACAAUUUUUCUAUGACGUUCUUUUGGACACUGUUCCAAAAAUGAUGUGCCAUAAAGACAUAAAAGUUAUAAAAGAAAGCUAGAAGUACACUAAGUUUUUGUAGCCUCAUUAGGAACGGGGUAUUUUUGAAGGAGCAAAGGAGAAGGGGCAUUAUAGAAAGACCCGAGUAGGAGACAUACAAUGACACAAAUAUUUUGUUAGAAAAGAAAGGGAAAAUGGCUUGUAUGGUUAAAAUUUUUUGAUUGUUUUCAGUCCAUUACAGGUCCCAGAGUGCUAUUUUCAUAAUUAUGCAUACAUAAAAACCAAACCCUGCAGUUAUUUUAAAUACUGAAAAGCCCUGUAUCAGAUACAAGAAACUCUAAAAAACAUAACAAUGCAAGGGACACAUGUAAAAUAAAUAACCACUGUUACUAAAGUUGGAAACAUGUUAUUUCACAGUUUUAAGUCAGCCUGUUAAAAAUGAUACGUUAAUUUUGCCCCAAACACUCAUUUUUAGUCUUCUUUUCUGCAAUGUAAUGCACUCUCACAUAUCUGAGAAAGAGUAUUAACAAAUUUGACAGCACGGUUGAUUUGAUUUUACUUCCAGAAUUUGACACACAUUGCAAACCAGUGUUAGUAGGCUAGUAGAUUGGUUGCUGAUGAGAUGUUUUGAAGUGAUGUAAUCAGUAACCAUCCUGUGGACGAGGUGCAGUCAUUCUGUGAAUGAGAGAUUUUCAUCAGCUUUCUCUCGCUACAUUGUUCUCUCACUGUCCAAGCUUCAGUAUGUGACAUGAGGACAAGCACAGUUUUUGUUAAAGGUGAUGAAAAGUGAUGAAGGAGGGACUUUGAAGAAGUUCACAGGUAUAAUAUUGACAUUUGCAAAGGGCCGUUUGAAUAGAUUUUUGAGUCUUAACAGGCCUCUAUAGAAGUGCAGCAGCUUUUCAAUAUGCAAGUGAUAAAUAUACUGAUGAAAUGUUAGAUACUAAGACGAAUUAUCUGUAGCACACAAAAACUGAUCAAAUCAACUCAGAUGGCAGUUUCGCAAUAUGCAGUUUUAAAGAUCAAUGGCAAACAAAAGUUAACACAGUCAGACCACAGUCUUUAAACCCAUUUAUUUCAUUACAUAAAUUCUCUUGUAAGUUUUUUUUUUUUUUUUCAGUUGAUGUAUGGGAUCAUUUAAACACAAUGCUAUUUACAUAUUUCUGAUCAUUUGCUGAUAAUGCAUUUACAUGUCCCCCCUUUGUGUCUGGCCUCAUUCUGAUAAAACAUUCUGUUGGUGCUAUUAAUGCAGAAAUCACGUUUACCCAUAACAAGACCUUGCUCAUUGGUUAGCUGAAUGUAGUUAAGUUUUGUACAUAGGGCAGAAAGACUGUACUUGCAUUGAUGCUACAACUACAAUGGCUCCAUUGGUAGAACAGGAUACUGGAUGUGAUGAUUACGGACCAACAGAUUGGGGUGGAGAAAGACCAUUAAUUACAGCAACUCUGUUCUUGUCAUAGAUAAUGAAAGAGGCAAAGUUGUAUUAUUAUGUUUUAUACAAUUUUUGUGGUUGAUGUAACAUCCUUCAACAGGAAAAAAAAAACACUGUACAGCAACAAAAGAUUGAAAUAUGAUUUUCUCUUUUCUUUAUGUUUCACGUUGUGUGAACUUUGUUGAACAAAAUGAAACAAAAAUGAUAUGUAACUGAUAUAUUUAAAGAAGCAAUCUCUUACAGUAUAUGGGUGUGUAUGAAUGUGAGUUUGUGCAAUGACUUUGGUCAACUCUUCUAUCUACUUUAUAUAAAAAUGUGCAUUUGCAAGCAAAAA